AUGGAUAAAAUACAAAAUUACUUUGGUAAAUUCGGGGUGCUGUCUAAAAUUUGGAUAAAGAAUGGAAAAAAUUUUGGUUUUGUCAUUUAUGACAAUACUGAAGGAUUAAGCCGAGCCCUUAGUUGCUCUCCACAUGUGAUCGACGGCAGCGUCAUCGAUGUGGAAUUGCCGCAAGGGGCGGGCUGUCAGAUCUUCAUAGGUGGUCUAACUAGUCGGCCUAAUGAAGAUGACGAAGUCCAGGAAAGGCUCGAGGAGUACGGCCACAUCCUUAAGUGGCAGAGACCGCUCUCCGGAGGUCGGCCUGCUCCUUACGCCUUUGUCACUUUUAGUAGUGAAGAAGCAGCUCGACGUGCCGUCGAUGCUUAA